CGUAAACAAAUAGGUUCUUCCCUCUGCCAACAAACACCAUAGUAAAUGCAAAAGAAACCAUUGCAAUUGAAGAAUGGGCCAAUUCCUGUCUAUUUGCCAAAAAAAGCCUAAUAAAAGGGAUAUAGAAGUUCAACAAGGCCAAAAUCGUUUAGAACAACCCACAAGAAUAGAGAAACCAGUGGGUGUCCAAAAGCCACCAAGGGUUGUAAAAGAAUCUGGAAGAAAACUAGCGGAAUCACCCAAUGUCUCUAGUGAUGCUGAUUUAUCUCCUGCGCAGGCUGCUAGAUUAGCGGCAGAAAAAAGAAGCGAAAUAAACAAAGAAAAAAGUAAAACUCGUCUUCGUAAGCACACAUUUUAUUAACGAUUCAUAUGAAUGGAAUCCGACGUUGUACGUCGAAAUGUCAGACAGGUUAUGAAUCAGUGGCUUUCAUAAGAAUACUUUCUAGUUUCGUUCGUUCCUAUGCAUCUGCUUAGAAACGAUCGAUUGUUGGUUUCUAUAUUCUAGCAUGUUUUCUUUGAAAAAUAACAAAGUACAAGGAAAGGAAGCGCAUGAAGAGAUUAACUGUUUUUCAUCAAGGAGAUAAGAAAAGAAAAAUUUAAUCUCUUUGCUCAUACUGUAGUCGUUGGAACAUUCUCAGAAUGUACAUGGCUAACAAAUCGGUACAAACUAUCAAGGUUUAUGGCCAAGCGAAAAGUUUAACAAAAAAAGGAGCGCACUCAAUUUUCAUGCAGUUUUUGUUUCGCAGUCCUUUCAGCCUUUCUAUUUUCAUUGAUAUUAAGAUUUUUAAGAUCCUCAACCUUCGUCCUUUCCCGCGAACAAUAUUAGGUGGUAAACUUGAUCUAUUGAUUCAUAAAAUGUCUAAACAGACUAAACCAGGUCAUGACUUUUAAAUUAUACAAAAAAAAGUAAUUUAUAAAAUGAUCCAAUAACAACAUUGAUAACAUUCGACAUCAAAGGAAUUUGCUCUAGGUCAAGGUUCUAUGAUAAAAGGAACUAGCCUUAAAAAUCAAUAAGUGCGGCUUUCAGAAUGAGUUGAAUGGUUCUCUAGCGUAGUAUUCAACGAAGAAUGUUCUGAAAGUGGGUCCAUCUUCCAAAAUAGACGCUUCCAAUCACUUAGUUUUAUUUCAAUCACAGGAAUUGAAGAAUGAAGUUCUGCAUUUGGUCUUUCUAGUGCAGUCAGGUUUGUAAAAGGGUAAACGGACGUGCCAUUUUGCAGACUGUGAAUAGAUUGAGAAAGUCUAGUAAAUAAUCGUAUGCGUUCUACAUCUGAUUGUGUUCGUAACAAUGUUUGUCUUUGUUCAUUAUCUGGAAAUUGUUGUCGAUCAUGGUCGUUUUCUGUUUGUUCCGACAGAGCUUGCCGUAGUCCUGGUCGCCUUGUUCUAUCGGAAUUCUGGUUUAGAGCUAUCCUUAAAGCUUUCUGGUUUGAAGAAAUCAACACUAAGGCCAUAAAUAUUUGAAUGACGAAUAGAAAGAAAUCGGACAAAAUGAUGACAGAGCAAGAAGAAACAGCCUUCUCUCCAAUAAAAUUAAUAAUAGAGCCUCCAUAUAGGUACCCAUUUAAGCUUUCACUAGGACUAGGAAGACCGAAGACGAGUCGAGAAAUCGCUGAAAUAACAAAGCUGACUAGCAAAGGGUAAAAAAGGG